AGAAAGGUAACAACCGCACACGGCCUGUUCAUAGAGUAAACGGUAUCGAUGGCAGAAUAAGCAGUCUGUGAAAGUGGGGUUUUUCUCUCUAAGAACUAACGGCAUUUACCAUCUGCCAUGGCCGACACUGAAAAGCAACCAGAGGUUGAAGAAAACCAACCUGAUCAAGAGCAAAACGAAGAACAAAAGGAAAAGAAAAUAAUAGCUUCCCAAGUCAGUGGUACAGUGAAAUGGUUUAACGUCAAAAGCGGUUACGGAUUUAUCAACCGAGAUGACACUAAAGAGGAUGUAUUUGUCCACCAAACGGCCAUUGUAAAAAACAAUCCAAGAAAGUACCUUCGAAGUGUUGGAGAUGGUGAAAAAGUUGAAUUUGAUGUCGUGGAAGGAGAAAAGGGAAACGAAGCUGCUAAUGUAACAGGGCCAGAAGGAUCGAAUGUCCAGGGUAGCAAGUAUGCUGCUGACAGGCGUAGGUUCAGACGAGGUGGCUGGUACCCACGCUUCCGUGGCGGCGGCCGUGGAGGCAGACCCCGACAGGACAUGGACGAUGGAGCCCCCGACUUCAUGCCAAGUCCGAGAGGCCGGGGCAGGGGGCGACCCUACUAUCAGAAUCGGCGCUACUUUGGGCCACCCCGCCGCGGAGGAGGCAGGCAAUACUUAGAGGGCGAGGGAGAGUACCAGCUUCAGCGUGACCAGGGCUUCCGUGGUGCGCGACGGCCGUUCUACCGCCGCUACUACGGACCACCUCCCAGGGGCUACUACGACGGUGGUUACUACGGUUACCAAGGAGGACCACCCAGGGGAGGACCUCGCAGGCGCGGAGGAGGGAGAGGCCGUGGGGGCUUCCGCAGAGGCAGAGGCCAAAACCGAGACAAAGAUGACGGUGCUGCUCCCAAGGCUGAUGCCAGCAACGACACUGUGAAAUCUGAGCCCUCAUCUACCAGCGUAGAGAGUAAAGAGGACUAAACAAAAGUGUGACUUGCUCAAAUGCAACGACCUAGACUGACUACCUAAUGUUUGUAUGUGUGUGUAUGUGUGCAAUGAGACUACCCAGUGACUCGAUGGAAACAACCUGACUUGAACUUAACACCCCUUCCCCCGAGUGGUUGGUUUUGGUGAUCAUCAGGGAACACCGGGAUGGUUCUCAUCUUGCUCUAUCUUUGCACUUAGUAAGUAAAUCUUCGUCUUUUUUUGAAACAAGCAAAAAACCCCUCCCUAAGACAAGAACACGUGACAGCCUAACAACUGACUUGACAGCUACAACAGAUAUUCUCAAGAGCACUAGCAGUUAAAGGAAGAAAAACAAAACACAAAAGAGAGAAAUAAAGUUAUUUAAGUAACUACAGAUUGUGAUAUUUAACUUAUUUAUCACUUUCUCGAAAGAACUGAAAGAGAUGGGAAGUAGCACAUAGCAAGAAAUCAAAAGAAAUUAUCUUCUUCUUCUUCUUUUCUUUUUUUUUUAAUCACUCUCACUUUCAAACUCAUCUCAUUGACAUUUAUUUUUCUAUAAAAUGCGACUUUGAAAUCAAGACUCAAUUUUAGAUCAAAUCAAACAAGUUACAACUAUGCAAUUUAUAUCUUGAAAUAUUUAUAUUUAGCUAUUUGUACUGUUAGGGUUUCUUGAAAGGUUCCAAUGUUUGAAGACAGACUCACGUUACAUUUUUUGGCAUAAAUGUACUAGACAAAGUUAUGUUUUUUAUUAGUGUUGAGCAUUGUUUUCUUAAGCCAAAUGCAUGUGCUUAUUAAAGUUUUGAUAGGUCUUCAA